AUGGCGAAGCCAAUGGGCGCUCAGCUUUCUCUGGCCUCGCCCCCGCGCGGCGGCCAAUCGCGGCGGGCGGUGGUGGUAAUGCUGUGGGGGCGUGAGGGGGAGGAGGCGGCAGGGGCUGUGGCGGCCGCUCGGGCAGCGUGUGGAGGCGGCCGAGAAAAAGAGAAAGAAAGGAAGGAAGAGGGCGUGGAGUCCUUAGAAGGAGGAGGCGGGACCGGCCGGGCUCCUCACCUCUCUGCGGCGGCGGGCGGCCCGGGAGGCGGUUCCCCCCGGCCCGCGGGCUCCUCAGCUCAGCCGGCCGCCGACCCGCGGCCCCGGGCAGCUGCUGAGGCCACCGGGGUGGCAGCGGCGGGCCGGGGCGUCGGCGGAGGCUGGAGUGGGCGCGGCGGCGACCGCCAUGGCGUUCCUCAAACUCCGCGGACCAGAAAAAUCAGCUCAGCUGAGAUGAAUUAUUUUAUUUGGAGGAAAGCAGGAUGAGAUCUGAAUAAGUACAGGGAAAUUUUGAAUUGGGAAUGGUGAAAGUCAGAAAGAACCUACUUUCUUCCUAAGCAUGUACCAGACCGUUUUGAUUGAUGUUUUCUACUGGUCAAGUUUUGAUGUCCUAUCAAAGAAGAAUAUCCACAAUUAUCUGAAAAGGCUGUUUUGUGACUUGUGGAAUUAAAGAGAGAGAUGCCUGAAAACUAGAGACAGAGAAGUAUAUUUUUCAGAAACGGGAAGAAGGAAGACUAUAGAGCUUGAUAUGGCCCUCAGGAUUUGUUUUUAGGAAGACAGGAGGAAAGGAAGACAUCUCAGGAUCCCAUUUCGAGGGUCCUUUGGCUACAUUUCCGCUGUCAGAACAUUUUCUCCAAGAUUCCUGGGCCAGACACCUGGAUUUCCAGAUGGGUUUUGUAGUCAAGGAGAUUUUUAUAGAGGGGAGGUAUUUCAGUUAUGUAGAAAAGUUCAGUUAUCUAAAGAAUUUAUUUUAUAAAAUACCACAAAACUUUGUGACUUAAAACAACAGCAAUUUAUUACUUUUCAUGAUUUUGUGGACUGACUAGUAUCAGCUGGGUGGUUUUGUUCCACAUGGUGUAGCUGAGGUCACUCAUGGGCUACAUUUAGCUGGAAGCCCGGCUGGGACUAGGACAUCUAAGGUGGCCUCUCAUUCUCUAAUACCUCUCACCAUUUGGUAAUCUAGCCCAAGUUUCUUCAUACCAUGGCAUUUAGCUUCCAAGAAGGAACAUUUCAAGAGGACAAGCCCCAAGAUGCAAGCACUAAUCAAGCCUCUGGUGGCAUCGUUUUGCUAAUGUCUCAUCGGCCAAAGCAAGUCACAUGAUCAAGUCCAGAGUCAGUGUGGGAGGAGGCUACACAAGGGUGCAAGCACCAGGAGGUUUUGUUCACUAGAGGCCACCACUGUAACAAUUUACCACAAGUGAGCAGGGCAAUUUUGCACACCAGGUCUCCUCAAUUGUCAGUGCUUAGGUAUGGAUGCGUAACCUAAGAUCUGGUCCUUGACUUUGCAAUUCCAGAAACUCUAUGUGAUUAGGGGUUCAUGCUUAGCCCCAUGCUUUUAUCUGAAAUUGCCUCUCAUCAUCACUUGAAGACGUGAAUUUAGGUUGUCAUAGUUUUAUCUCAGGACUCUGUUUUCUUGGCCACAGAUGGUUGAACCAGAGUGGACACCUGACCUAUGAUUCUGUUGGCUGAGCUGGCCCAGUUGGACUUUCUCCUAUGACUUUGGAAUGGGAAUACUGAGAGACUAAGACCCAAACUGGUGAAGAGAUUAUAGAAGAUCUAGAUACUCUAAAAUGAGUUUGGAAAUAUAUCUUAACUCCUGAGAUGACUUGAAAAUGAGACUGCUAAACCAUAGUUUAAGUGGUUAAGUGCUAUAGCUGCCAACGAAAAGGUCGGCAGUUCGAAACCGCCAGGUGCUCCUUGGAAACUCUAUGGGGCAGUUCUACUCUGUCCUCUAGGGUCACUAUGAGUCAGAAUCGACUCGACGGCAGUGGUUUUAAACCAUAGUUAUAAAGAGAUUGGCUGCUAACCAAAAGGUUGCCAGUUUGAAUCCACCAGCUGCUUCUUGGAAACCCUAUGGGCAGUUCUACUUUGUCCUAUAGGGUCGCUAUGAGUUGGAAUCAACAUGGUGGCAACGGGUAUUCACUAGUGGAUGUAUGUUUCUGCUCAUUCUCUUAUGCUCCAUGACAAUAUCUAGCUGCAAAGGAGGCUGGGAAAUGUAAUCUUUAGCUGAGUAGCCAUGCACCCAACUACUAUGAAAGAAGGAGAAAAUAUAUUUUAGUGAAGACUUAGCUGCUGCCUCCUUCCCCCCUACCCUCUCCCCAUGCAGCAUAUAGUGUUCAAUUCAUGGUUACCUUUCAGGAGGGAGAAAGACAAGAGUGUAUUCAGAGGGAGUAAACAGGAUGAUGAAGGCCUUAAAAUCAGGCCAUAAGCAGAUUGGUUGAACACUUGGGGAUUGUUAUAUUGAAUAUUUAGGAAAUGAAAUGGCUGCCUUUGAAUGUUUUAUGUGCAAAAAGAGAUAAAGGCUAUUCUCUACAGCCUCCAGGAGUAAAUAUAAGAUAAUGAGAGGAAGCUAACCAGUAACCAGUUGCCAUCAAGUCAGUUCUUGACUUGUGGCUCAGAGAAAUAUAUUUAUGUUCAUUAAAAGAAAAGAAGAUUCUAGCAGAGUUGUCCAGAAUGAUUUACACCUCAGGUACAUUUUGAACUAGAAGAGACAAAAAAAAAAAAAAAAGUUUAUUGAGUACCUAUUAUGUGCUCGACACUAUUGAGGCACUUUCACAGAUUUGUUGCAUCCAACUCUGAGAGUCUAUUGCAGCUCCACAUACUUUUCUCCAAACCCUAUUUUUUGUGACUCACUGACAAGCCUACAAAGACCAUAUAUGAGUUAAAUUUGUGGGGUAGAACAUCCUAGGAUAAACCCUGGAGGGUGUUGUGUAUGUUCAAGUUGUGAGUUCUGUGGUAGAUGGAGAAGUUGGCCAGGGUGCGGAAAGAAGGAAGCAUAUCACUUAGUUAUUUUCUGAUUUUCAGCGGCAACCUGAGGUCUUCCAGAAGGGGUUAUAUAGUCCUGACCAGCACAGCUUUGUGGCGGCCCUCCUGUCUGCCAUAUUAUCACACUGGUGAGCCCAGAGAGUGCUGCCAAGAAGUAUGAGAGGGCUGCUUUGAAAGCUCUGUCCAAUGUACGAAUAUCCAGUGUCUUCCACAUAGCUCCUGUGGGUACUGGUGGGAGACAAGAUACCUUUCUUGAUAUGAGUUCCUGGUGGUUUACUGGAGUCAACAAGAGUGUUUUGUUAUUCCUUGUACUUCUGGAUCCAAAGUUCUAAGGGAACAGAGGGGCCCCCAAAUCUGCAAUUGACAUAAACAAAUUAAAGUGACAGAGUAACAGGAAAUGGGCCAGGGCGCAGAAACAAAGAUGUUCACCAGAACCAUGGGGCAGGGUAUCAGAAACUAGCCCACAAACUUCUUUAAAGUUGUCUCUCAGAAGCAGCCAGAUGAAACAAGCCCCCAGAGACAUGCCCCCAGAGACACAAGACACGCGUAGAACAUUGACCUGUGACUGCUGUGUGACCUUUCACCAGGGGCAGCGAAGGGUGCAGCUGCAGCUGGGUAUCGAACUCAGGGAGUGAGAGACUGUGCAGGCAUGACACCCCAUAAUAAGUCCUACUGUGAAUCCCAGAGGCCUAUGGACAGGAGCCAUCUUAGAAAGCAGCUGCGCGUGCACCUUAGGUAGCCUAUCCCCACCCAAAACCGGCUAGUUGCCAGAAAACCCCACCUAUGCCCCUGAAUAAACAUGAAUCUUUUUCCUGCUCAAGUAUUUUUAAAAGCCCUUGAAGUCCUUCGUUCCGUGAGACGGGGAUAAGCGUUGCCUAGGCCUUCCUUAUCUCUGCUUGCAAGCCUCUUCAAUAAAGCUUUGCUGGUGUGCCUUACCUGCUCAUUCUUGACCAGCGAGAGGCAAAAACCUUAUUUAAUUAAAGGCAUAGAGACUCUGGCAACAGUUCUGAAUCUCCUAAAUAUUUCUACUUGUUUGUCUUUGAUUGAACACUCACCUCGGUCAAUCCUAAGCUCUAAUAUUAUGCUGGUCUACCAGGAUGGACACUAAGUGACAAAGUUUUAGGAAGAGACCCUAAAACUUUAAACCUCCUUGAAGCUUGUUAUAAACUUCAGUGUUUAUGUGCCCACAAGUAAGAAUUUCCACACUUCCCUGGGAAGUUGGGGAAGAGCUAAGAGAUUGAAGUAGAAAUGUAUUUGGACAUAAAAAUAUUUUAGUCAAGCUGUGAAGAAGCUGCACAGGGGAUGAUUUGAGGCCCCUGGAGCCAUCAAGUAGCAUGAUGGUGACAAUACUGUUUGGAGAACAAGGGUGUCCUUUGUGAACAGUUCUUCACACUUACCCACACUCCACCUUCCAGCCCUGUCUCUGUGUCUUUUAAAUCUAGUACUUCAGAUUUGGUUAGAUGAUAAUAGACGCUUGUCAUGCCCAAGUGAAAGGUUCCAGAGGGAGGUUGGAAGGGUCUUAUAACCCUGAGGAAGAAAGGGGAUGUUUACAGUCCAGUUGAACCUAUCCAUCUAAAGAGCUUUAGGCAGCUUCCUCCCAGUUGGCCUAAUGGAAAGCACACUUCAUCACAGCAAGUGACAGUUUUGUCUCAAAAAAAACACAGAAGGUAGACUCAAAUGAAAAAGGCAUAUUCUUUCAAUUCACUUCCUAAGGCCCUCUUACCUUUUGUCUUUAGCCUACUUGUAAUAAGUGCUAUCAAAUUAGCCAAGAAUGACUCUAUCUGAGCAUCCAAGAGUAGGGGCCUGUCUACAGAAAUUAGUGCCUAUGGCAAUUAGUUUUAAAUGGCUGAAUGAUCUCUCACAGCUGGCAGUGGAAACUUCGAUGGCCAAUAGAAACUGCUCAUUAGAGCCCCUCCUCAAGCUGCACUGAGGGUACACACCCUACUUGCCAUACCUUAGUUACACCUCUGUCAAGAGGAGUGAAACCAAAGAGAUUGUGAGUAUGAUGUCAUUUCUCCUCAUAAGGAUUAUUUCCUUGUUCUAGAUUGCAAAAAGUGAAAUUAUUAUGUUAAAAGAUAUGAACAUUGUUAAGGACCUUGAUACGUGUUGCUGAACUGCCUUCUUGAAAAGUAGUACCAGAUCAUGACACUGAACUCAAGUUCCUUAUAGACCCACUGGUGUCUUUGGACAAUUUCUCAUAGUACCUUAGCAUUGUGUGUUUCUAAAGCUAACAAAAGAAAACAGUUAUACUAUAUUCCUGAAUCUUAACACCAGCUCCCAUUCUUACAAUUUAACCCUAACAUUGAUACUUAGAACUCUUUGCCCUACUCACUCUAGGGACUGAGUGUACUUCAAAAAUUAAUAUUAGAAUAAGUCCUUAUAUGUAAAGCUCUCAUUCCAGGAUUAUACCAGCCUGAAUAUAUACCCACUACACCAGCCAUACUCUUGACAUGAACUUAGCACAUCAACUGGCAGCAUUUUGUUUUUGGAAAAAAUAAAGACAUGUUCCUGAGGAAUCUCAGGGUGCCUCCUACAUGUACUUUUUAAAAUGUGCUUGUCAUUAAAGUAUUUGCAUUGUGUGUAGUCCCUUGAUGCGGAAAUAGACAAAGGAAAAAAGGAGACUUUGUUAUUCAUUGCUGUAUUUCAGCACCAAGAACAAUGCGGGGCACAUAGUAGAAGCUCAAUAAAUAUUUGUUAAAUGAGUGAAA